AUGCUGAGGGGCCUUAAGAAUACGUUGUCCAGAUCGGGCACUGGCAAUGGCUAUGCUGCUGGAAGCGGAGCGCAAGGAGCCUCCGUCAUCAAUGCCAAGGCUGAGGGCAACGAGACUGCCCUUGCCAAGACAGAGAACUCCAGGACAGAUGCAGACGCCACCGGGAAGGAGAUUGAGGUUUCCUCCUCUCUUUCUUGGAGCUUCGAGGAGCAGUGGACGUAUGUCGAAUCCUUGGGAGUGUGCAAGUUGCCUGGGGAGGAGCACAUUUUGCGCUUUUUGGCUGAUAGCCUCACCGCCUCACCCCUACCGGCCCCGUGGGCGAUGCACCGGGAUGAAGAAGGCAAGGUCUUUUACGGCAACACCACCACUGGGGAGACCAGAUGGGAGCAUCCACUCGAGGAUGUGGUCCGCGAACUUGCUGGUGUCUGCAGAGUUUGCGUGUCCCUCUCACGGGCAAUGAGAGAACGCUCAAUUGCUGACUUGCGAGAGACAUGGGAGGGCCAUGCAAAAGAGGAGUUUGCUCAGUGGUACAGCGUGAAAGACUCUUCAACCAGCAAAGAUUACUACUGCAACUCCCUCACGGGCCAGACAAUGUGGGAACAUCCUGCAGAAGUUCUGCUGCCGGGCCACUUCCUGAAGCUGAAAAGUGCCGACAGGCUUUUAGAUGAAGCCUACCUCCAAGACCUUGCGUCCCUUGGAAGCACCCUCAAUGCGAGCACCGGAAGAAGUUGGAACUUAAUGAAGCGCACGCUCGAGUCCAAUGCUUCCGCAUCCACGGAGGCCGGGUUGAAUGAGGAGUCGGCGAAGGCCAUAAAGGAAGAAUUGGCCAUGAGGAACUUGGAGCUGCAAGCAGCACGAGAGAAUGAGAAAAAGGUCAAGGCUGACUUUGACGCCCUUGUCGCACGAUUUGAGGAGCACAAAAAGUCCAUGUCUGAAUCAUCCAGCAGGCGCAAAGAACUUGAGGCUGAGCUCUUGCAGGAGCAACAAAGAUUAGCUUCUGCCUUGUCAGAGUGUGAAGCCUGGAAAAAGCAGGCGACCAGCAAAGACUCUGCUGGUGCGGAAGCGAUGCAAGAAAGGAUUGCCUUGCAGGUUGAACUGGAUGCACAACGACAGCGAGCAACAGAGGCUUUGACCGAGUGCGAGGCGCUAAAGAAGCAGGCCUCUGACUUGAGCACGAAGAGUAGCUCCAACGAGUCGGCCAAGAUCGAGUUGCAGGCUAUGCUUGAAGCAGAGCGCCGGCGCACGCAAGAGGUUUUGGCCGAGUGCACCACCCUCAGCGAGGCAACCAAAAGAGGAACCGCAGUGGAGUCUGAGAAGAAGGAAAUUGAGGAGCAGCUCAAGGUCGAACAGCAAAGAGUCAAGGAGGCAGUGGCUGAGCUGGAAGUUCUCAAGAUUCAGGCUGUCUCAGCCGACUCGGAGAAGCAAAGGAAAGCCAUUGAGGAGCAGCUUGACUCGGAGCGAAAGAAGACCCAAGAGGCUCAUGCCGAGUUGGAAAGCCUCCGUAGCCAGGCGAAGGGAGAGGCUGCCGCAGCGCAGGAAAAGCUCCAAGCAGAGCAGCAGCGUGCUUCCCAGGCACGGAUCCAGAAACCGUGA